UCACUUUCUGAAGAUCUCCCAGAUUAUUUUCAAAGCAGUAGGCUACCUAUUUCUACCGUCCCGCCUCUUCGUGAGGGUCAGCCGUGUGUGACCUAUUUCUGUGCACCUCCCCUUUACAAAUCCAACUCAUUUGUAAUGACGGGAAUUAUUGUGCAGCUGUUAGCUUUGUCCGGUGAGUCCAAAAUCUGCUCUUCAGCAAGGUUUUUGUCAGUUUAGACCGCGUUCCACUGUAUCUGAUCCUAGAGGCGAUAUCGGAAUGUGCAUCUUGAGCUGUUGGUUCAUUCUCAGUGACGUAAUCGUUACGGUUAAUCUUGGGGUACUCACCUGAAACCUCAGCCAAGCAGCGGUGAUCUUAACGCCAGUAGCUCCUCAGAAGAGGCGGACGCACAGUGGUCAAGGAAACAAAACGCCAGUAUGAUACAGCCUCUGGGUUUCAUGCCUGACUCACCAGUCCGCAUCCAGUGAAACGGAAAGGCGUCCAAACGGAGUUGUGACUAUAAAGAAGUAACUUUUGUGUGAGUUGAACGAGCUUGAAAAGUCGGUGGGGAAAAGCAUCGUAGGAGCCAACUUAGUUCUUGUGUUUUUUUAGUUUAACGGUGCCCGAGUCAUCGCUGCACGCACCGGGAGUUUUUAACAUGAUCAGAAUCAUCUAAAACCACACUGCUCUAAAACGGAGAGACAUUAUGACGCUCUGCUCCCCGGGCACCAUCCAUGUCUUGAUCGUCCUUCUGGAACUGUGGGCAAGGGCCAGGGGGGAGUGUGAGGACCCACUGGCCAGCUCUAAACUGAACCUCUCCGUGAAGUACGAGCUCCUGAACUUCCAAGCAGACACCCCCAUCCAGAACCUGGUGGCGUUUGAUGGGCGUGUGUACGUGGGGGCAGUCAACAGGAUUUACUCUCUGACUGAGGACCUGAAGGAGCUCUCUGAGUACAAGACCGGACCUAUCCCAGUGCAAGAUAACUGUCCCCCAUGCCAGAGCUGCGAUAAUAAUGCUAAUGCCUCGUCGAGCCUCACAGUGAACAACACCAACAUGGCUCUGCUGGUGGAGACCUACUACGAUGAUGAGCUUUUCAGCUGCGGCUCCGUCCACAGUGGCGUCUGUCACCGGCACCUUCUGCUGGAUGGCCCCCAACAGGAUGCGGAGGUGAAGUGCAUGUACUCACCCAAGACCAACGGGGGACGCCAAGGCUGCCCUGACUGCAUUGCCAGUCCUUCUGGGACGCGGGUGCUGAAUGUGGAGAGCGGGGGCGUGGUGAGGUUUUUUGUGGGGAACACGGUAGCCCCUGGUGACCCGGCGGCGCCCCCGCAGCACACGUUCUCAGUCCGGCAGAUGAAGGAGACCCAAGACGGGUUUCGCUUCUUCUCAGAGCAGUCCUACCUGGACUUGGCUCCACAGCUGAGGGGCAGCUACCCAAUCCGCUACGUGUACGCCUUCGAGAGCGGCCCGCACGUCUUCUUCCUCACCGUGCAGCGGGAGGACGGCGCGUCGCGCUCUUACCACACGCGCAUCGUCCGCACCUGCUCCUCGGACCCGGAGCUGCGCCGCUACGUGGAGAUGCCCUUCGAGUGCAUCCUGACGGAGAAGCGGAGGCGGCGCUCGGCGCGGGUGGAGGUCUUCAACGUCCUGCAGGCCGCCCACGUGGCGAAGGCGGGGCGAACGCUGCGGGAGGAGAUGGGCCUGCAGGAGGGCGAGGACGUGCUGUUCGCCGCCUUCGCCCGCAGCCGCCAGGACUCCCCGGACCCAACGCGCAGCUCCGCCAUCUGCGUCAUCGCGCUGAGAGACCUUAACAUCUUCUUCAGGGACUUCAUCCAGAAAUGCCACACCAAGAGCCCCCAGCACUUCACCGGAUCAGACGAGAAGCGCUGUUUCAACCUGACUUCCACUGAUGACUCCUCCACCUGUGGGAAGCACGGGCAAGGAUACCAGCUGGAAGUCACCAGCACGACGAAGCGACUGGAUUACUUCAACGGCCAGUUCAAUGACGUCCUGCUCACUUCCAUUGCCGUCGCCCCCAUGCAGGAUGACACCGUGGCCAGCCUGGGAACCUCUGAGGGUCGCGUCAUCCAGGUGGUUGUUUCCCGGUCCAGACAAAGGGUGGCCCACGUGAACUUCCGACUGGACGAGGGGCGGGUGUCCCCUGAGGUGCUCCUCUUGCCCGCCCCAUGGCCCAAUGCCUCUGUAUUGUUGGUGACGGGAAACAAGAUCACUAAAGUCCCCCUGGCGGGUCCGGGCUGUGAGCAGCUGUGGUCCUGCAGCUCCUGUCUCCUGGCUCCGGCCUUCAUGGGGUGCGGCUGGUGCGGCAACCGCUGCUCCCGGUCCAUUCAGUGCCCCACCUCGCAUUGGACUGAGGAUUCCUGUCCUCCCACCAUCACCAAGCUUUCCCCUUCAACUACCCCUGUUGGAGGAGAGACAAAGCUAACCAUCUGCGGGAGGGAUUUUGGAUUCAAUAAGAGCGAGAGGUUUGAUGCGAGGCUGAUCAAAAUCGACGUCAGUGGAACCCCGUGCAACCUAGACGCGCGGGAAAGCAACGGAAAUCGGUUGGUUUGCACACCAGGCAUAGCGAAGGCACCUCUAGAAAACCGCACCAUCAGUGUACACAGCGGAAAGGAGCUGGCACAAAAAGAAGGCUUCUCAUUGGUGAACACUGUUAUCAGCGAAAUCUUCCCAGAGUUUGGGCCAAAAUCUGGAGGGACACUGCUGACCAUUCGAGGAGACUUUUUGGACAGUGGGACCCAGAGACGCAUCACUGUUGGAAAUGCAGAAUGCGAGCUGCAGAGCGUGUCCCGUAGUGCCUUGGUGUGUAAAACCCCACCCCAGUCCUCUCCUGCCAAUCAGCCGGUCGCGCUGGAAAUCGAUUCGGCCGUCCGCACUGCACCCGUCCCCUUCACCUACAAUGAGGAUCCCUUUAUCUCCAAAUUCCAGCCGUCCCGAUCCUUUAUCAGUGGAGGAAGCACGGUGUCCGUGCACGGUGCCUACUUGCACUCCGCGCUCCGGCCGCAGAUGCUCAUCACCACGCAGCACGGCAGGAAGGUCCUCCAGGUGACCUGCAUGCAGGGUGAGGACAAGCAGGUGAUCCUCUGCAUCACCCCAUCCCUGAAAGCCCUAAACCUCCACCCUCCCAUCGUCACCACCGUCUCCUUCGUCCUGGAUGGCUUCUCCUCCAGGGAGUUCCAGCUGAUGUAUGUGGAGGACCCCAGGUUCGAGGAGUUCCAGAAGCCCACCGUCACCUCCAAGGGCAACAAGAACGUUCUCGAGAUCAAGGUCCCGCGGGUGGACGUGGAUGCCGUGGUGCAGGGCGAGGUGCUUCGGGUGAGCAACCGCACCUGCGAGGCCGUCCUUCUGAAGGGCAACACGCUGGAGUGCACCCUCCCCUCAGAGCUGCAGGCCGGAGCCAGGGAGCUGGAGGUGGAGUGGAAGCAGGCAAGCUCCUCAGUGAUCUUGGGCACGGUGUUCCUGGCGCAGGAGCAGGACUACAGGCCUCUCAUUGCGGGCGUGGUCUCCAUUAGCAUCCUCCUCCUGCUCCUCCUUGCCCUCCUCAUGUGGAGGAGGAAGAAGAAACACAUCAAGGAUUUAGCUGAGGGUAUGGUUUGGUAUGACGGAAGAGCGCACAUUCCACAUUUGGACAUGUUGGCAAACGCCAGGAGUGUCAGUCCCACUAACGAAAUGGUCUCCCACGAGUCUGUGGACUAUAGAACGACAUUGCUGGAGGACCAGAGCAUGCCCUUGUCCCAGGCGAUUGCUCCCUGCAGGCUUCCUCCCUAUCCCCUCAUGGACCUGUCCCCCAUGCUGUCAGGAGGGGACCCCGAACUGGCCACGCCCCUUCUGCCGUCUGCCGUCCAGAUCGACAUGGCCAGCCUGCACCCUGAGCUGCUCAAGGAAGUCCAGCAUGUGGUCAUCAACCCCAACGACCUGCUGCUGCAUGUGAAUGAGGUCAUCGGGAGAGGGCAUUUUGGCUGUGUUUACCAUGGGACCCUCCUGGCCCAGGAUGAAGUAAAGCUGCACUGUGCUGUCAAGUCCCUCAACCGCAUCACAGACAUGGAAGAGGUGGAGCAGUUCCUGAAGGAGGGCAUCAUUAUGAAGGAUUUCAGCCACCCCAAUGUGCUAUCGCUCCUGGGCAUCUGCCUGCCCCCACAGGGCUCCCCGCUGGUGGUGCUGCCCUACAUGAAGCAUGGAGACCUGCGCAACUUCAUCAGGGAUGAAACACAUAAUCCAACAGUGAAAGACCUCAUGGGCUUUGGGCUCCAGGUGGCAAGGGGAAUGGAGUACCUUGCUAGCAAGAAGUUUGUCCACAGAGACCUGGCAGCCAGGAACUGCAUGUUGGAUGAGAGCUACGUAGUGAAGGUGGCCGAUUUUGGGCUGGCUCGAGAUGUGUACGACAAGGAGUACUACAGCGUGCACAACAAGAGUGGUGUCAAGCUCCCGGUCAAGUGGAUGGCUCUGGAGAGCCUGCAGACACACAAGUUCACGUCUAAAUCAGAUGUGUGGUCUUUUGGUGUGUUGCUAUGGGAACUAAUGACACGAGGAGCUCCCCCAUACUCUGAUGUCAACUCCUUUGACAUCACUGUAUUCCUGCUGCAAGGCCGUAGAUUGCUACAGCCGGAGUUCUGUCCUGACUCACUGUACAAUGUAAUGAUUGAAUGUUGGCACCCAAAACCACAGAGACGACCAACCUUCUCUGAGCUAGUGUCUCGGAUCUCUGCCAUAUUCUCCAGUUUAAGUGGAGAGCACUACAUCCUGCUGAACACCACCUAUGUCAACAUCGACAAGGUGACACCCUACCCCUCCCUCAUCCCCUCUCAGUGCAGUCUGGAUAGGACCUGCUGCACCUGAAUCGUGGGAAACACAAGGAGAGCGCACUGCAUGAGACACUGCAGGGUUGCGUUGCAAGAGACUGCUUUAUAUGAGCCACAGACACCAGACUGAGCAUGGUGAUAAUCCUGGAGCCACAGGAAAAUGACUGAACUUAAUGGACCUGAAAGGAGACAAUAUUCCUAGUGAAUUUUGGCCCUCCACAGAGGCAUGUGAGAGAAUGAUCCAUACCUGUGUGGGAAAGGUAUCUGUCAUUGCCACUGUUAACCUGAGGCUUGUAUCUUUUGGCCUGUUCACUGUUACCUACUUGUCCAUGCUCCACCAGCUGCCCUUGGUGCGGCUACUUCACUGAAGCGUGGGUAUGGAAUGUCAGCCCCUGAAGUGUAUUUAAAUUGUAUUUUUUUGUUUGUUUUUUUUUUUGUUUUUUUGGGGGGGAAUGGUUGGCACUUAAAGGACUUCAUGUUGCAAACUUUCAUUGUCUUCUGUGUCCGGAAAGCUUCUUCCCCACAAACAGAACAAUAUUCUGCAUUCAUCACAACAAAGUGUGCAAAGCCGUCUCCACGCUUUUUGAAUCGUGUAUUUGUGAUGUUACUGAAGCCAAAAUCAAUCACUGGUAGGAAACUGCUUUUUUUGCGGUAAAACAACAGCAUACAACCUGGCCAGUAGUACACUGGAUAUUUUAUUAGUAUAAUUAACUUUGAGAUUUCUCAGCUUUUAAUGUUUUAUGCGUACAAAAGGAGUCACCUUUGAAGAAUGUACAAAUGUUUCCGGAAGAAGUAUGUGCAUUGUUUCUCGUUUACUUCUGGUGUGCUUUCUGCCUAAUGCUGUUAGAGGUAGUCCAGUGAUGACCAGAAUGUUAUAUGUGAACAUGUUAAAGUGCUGUACUAUAUAUUUUUUUAAUGAAAAAUUAUAUUUAAAACAACCUGAGAGUUGGUCCAGAGGAUGAACAUUAACAGGCAGGUGGUACAACACAUGCGCAUGAGACUAUAUUUUAAUGAAUCGUUGAUCCUGUGCAAGAGAGUAAGGGUCUGUCAUUUCACGUUUCAUCUUUUGUGUUAUGUCCUGUAUGUGUAUAUAUUGUAGUGGGAAAUUAUGGGUACUGUACAAAAACAGGUUUUGCAGAGCAACUGGAACAGGUAGUAGAUGCUUUGAAAUUUUCUUCUCCAUCUAAUUUGCUGGCAUUAUUUCUGUGUAAAUCAAUGGUCGUACCUGUGAUGUUGACAACCGGUAUGUAUAUUUCUAGUGUCUUUUGUGUUUUGAAGAUGAUCUGUGAAUGAUGGUACAUGUUACUGUUAUGUCAUCAGUAUGACUUAAUGUAAUAAAGCCAUAAUUACAACGUACCUUUCUCACAGUUUCCAUGCUGUGUGGAAGGGGUUGUGCAAUGCA